AUGUCAAACAACAGUAUCACAAAUAAACUUUCAAUUGAAGGUGUUGAUUUGAAGGAUAAACGUGUUUUAAUUCGCGUUGAUUUUAAUGUACCAUUUCAAGAUGGAAAAAUAACGAACAAUCAACGUAUCGUAGCUGCUUUGCCGACUAUUAAGUAUGCUUUAGAUAAGGGCGCAAAGACUGUUAUUUUGAUGUCUCAUUUAGGUCGUCCAAAUGGAAAGCCAAAUCCAAAGUAUUCACUUAAACCAGUUGCCGCUGAGCUUUCUAAGCUGUUGGGUAGUAGCAGAGAAGUCUCGUUCUUGAGUGAUUGUGUCGGUCCCGCUAUCAGUGAAGCAUGUCAUAAGGCCGACAAUGGACAAGUGAUCCUGCUUGAAAAUCUUCGAUUCCAUAUAGAAGAAGAAGGAUCCAUUAAAGAUGAUGAAGGAAAGAAAAUCAAAGCAUCUUCUGAGGAUAUAGAAAAGUUCCAAGCAUCUUUAACAGAACUUGGAGAUGUAUAUAUCAAUGAUGCAUUUGGUACAGCACAUCGUGCUCAUAGUUCAAUGGUUGGUGUGAAAUUACCAAUUAAGGCCGCGGGAACUUUGUUAACGAAAGAAUUGGAAUUCUUUGGAAAAGCAUUAGAAGAUCCAGAUCGACCAUUUUUAGCAAUUCUCGGCGGUGCUAAAAUUUCGGAUAAAAUUCAAUUAAUCAAUAAUCUUCUCGAAAAG